AACGGAUUAAACAUCCUACCGCCACGAUGCACCAUCUGCACAAGUUUCUGCUCUUCACUGCUCUGGCUUGUCUUGGAAACUUCAUGUCUCCAGCAUUUGGCAGCACAAUCUUAAAUGGCACAGAAGCACCGAAGGACUCCAUGAUGUAUAUGGCCUCAAUACGUAGUGACCGCAAACAUAUAUGUGGAGGAUUCCGCAUCAAUGACGACGUUGUGGGUCACUGCUGCACGCUGUAUGAAGGAUAUGAAGGGAAAAGUAAAGGUGGUUCUUGGCACCCAUGACCUCAAAAGCCUUAUGCACACAUCGAAAUACAUCCUUGAAAAGUGCAAACACCCAUCAUAUGAGAGCUCUGACAAAGGCUAUGACAUCAUGCUCCUCAAAGUUGGUGGGGAAGAGGGAAUGAACGUCCCUAUAACAACUAUUAAUCUGAGUGAGAAUAAGAUACCAAAAAACAAAAACUGCUGUGUUGCUGGAUGGGGUUGCACUAAAGAUGGUGGUAGUCACAGUGAUGAACUAAAAGUGAUAAAUGUGUCCAUCAAUAACCUGAAAAUCUGCAAGACGAAGAAAUGGCCUGGUCUUCAUGCCAGCUGUGCAAGUGGAUAUACUACAAAAAAGCACUUUGUGAGGGUGAUUUUGGCGGUCCUCUAGUGUGUGACGGGAAGGCUGCUGGUGUUGCAUCUUAUAACAAAAAUGGCAACUCAGGACACACCAGUGUCUACACGGAUAUCUCAGAGUUCACUGAAUGGAUCA